AUGCACAUUGGUAAUUUGAACCCAAAGGGCCCUAUACCACCAGAAUCAGCUGCCGGUAAACAGAAUGCCGCCACUCAGGCAUCUGCCGGCGCUAAGCCAAUUGGCUCUGUUCCGCCAGCUGCAAAAGCUGUUCUCAUCACCGCAGCUCCAACGAACAAACAGGUCACACCCACGGCAGCGGUAGCCGCUAAACCAGCAGCGGCUGUGCAGCCACAUCCGAAUACUGCAACGCCAGCUACUCAAGCUGUCAAAGGUGCAGCAACUCGUAUCCAACUAGAAAAGGAGACCAAAGAGCAAAUCCUUGCUGCAAUAAUGGAACCGCCAGGCGAAGACGAUAAC